AUUGUACCCAUACCCCUACAUUUAAAUUUUUUUGACCAAAAUACCCUCAUAUAAAUAGGGUAUAUUUUCCGUUUCAAAUUUUUUUUACCAUUUUCGUUGAAGACUUCCGGAGAAGAAAUUUUUUUGGCGUUUUUGCAUUGUAUACCGGAACACUUAAGAUGGUUCGAAGAAGAGGUGCAGAUGGCCGGAUUCCAGUCCGCACGUUAGACCGGGGUGCAUCUUCAUCUGCAGCUGCAGCUGAGCCGACUGGAUAUCCAGGAGGGCCGUACGAUACAUCUCUUUUGGUGAAGUACGAGCAUCAUGUUGCUCGACAUAUAUGGUUCGGUGAGGAAAGAGGACCAAAGAAAGAGUUGAAGGUUGCCGGACAUGGACUGAAGUUGAAUUCUAGGGUUCCAUUGGCUCUUCCACCACAGAUGGAGAGUUGGGUAUCUAGAUCCGGUUUAGCUUCACUGCAGAGAACGAGUCUGAACAAGAUAGACACAAAUCUUGUCUCUGCAUUUGUGGAAAGAUGGCAUCUAGAGACAUCUUCAUUUCACAUGCCGUUUGGUGAAAUGAGCAUUACUUUAUAUGAUGUCGCAUGUCUACUUCACUUGCCCAUUAGGGGUAUCUUUUGGAGUCCUCAGGAUGUGACUGAAGAGCUAGCUGUUGAACUUGCUGUUGACUACCUAGGAGUGUCACAGAGUCAGGCACAGUCACAUGUUCGGAGCUGCAAGGGGUCGUAUUACAAGUUGGAGUGUUACCAUCAGAGUGUUGUCGAUGUGAUCGGUUCAUCUUCCGUGGCCACCACUCCAUCUGAGGUAGUAGACGGUUUAUCUGGAGUGGUAUUAUCGUGUUUCCCAUCCACGGCUGAUCCCUCCCCAUCGUGA